AGACACUUGGAGCAACAGCUCCGUCCUGGUGGUCACUGCUGGAGCUCUGCUCUGCGUGACAGCCAUUUGUGUGUAGAGAUUGUUCUUUGGGAGAGAACAGGAUGAAGCUCAGCCUGACUCUCUUCCUGGCCAUGGCUCUGAGCCUGUCUCCAUUUGCGGGACGUGGCCCAGGCUGUCCCAGCUAUCUCAGCUGGGUCUGCAGUUGCGACCAAAAGGUCCUUCCUGAGGAGCAGCAUCGGGUGGCAACCAACAGCAAGACCUCCACCUGGCGCUGCUGGUUCGGCCUAACCUCCUGUCCCAUCAGGGUUGAGGACACAAAGGACAACCCGGUCCCUCCUGAGGAGCAACCUAUGAAGGAGACCAAGAGCCAGACCUCCACCUGGCGCUGCUGGUUUGGCUUAACCUCCUGCCCCAUCAGGAACAAGGACACGAACACAAACCAGGUCCUUCCAGAGGAGCAGCGUACGGAGAAAACCAAGAGCCAAACCUCAUACUGGUCCUGCUUGCUUGGCUCUUCCCAGUGUCCCAUAUGGGUCUGGUACAAGGGCAGCAAAGUUGCUGUUCCACAAGGCCCAAAGCAGCAGUCCCCGGGCACCAAGCAGAAGGCCUACAGCUUGCCUGGCAUCCUGGGCCACCUUUGGGACUACCUUAUGCAAAGAGGGAGAACCUGGCUCCUUACAGCUCCCUUGACAAUUUUCUCCAUUCUCUGGCUGCUGACAACUGCCCGUGCCCACUGGAGAAGAUUAAGAAGACCUCGGGGACAGAGAACGGGACAAGCGGACCCAGCUUCCUUAGGAACAGAGGAAACGGACAACCUAAAUGCUCUCGACCUGCUCUGCCAGAUGAACGCCUACAUAACCUUAAUGGAGAGAAUUAUGACAAUCCUCAUGCAGCACCAUGUGAAAAAUGUCAGGAGCCAGCAGUGCAGGAAGACAGCGCACAGCACGGGGGACAGGAAGAGCCUCUCCACAGACUCCUGAGGGAGCUGGCAGAGGUGACUGCCAAGCCGCUCUCGGCCAUCUACCAGCCCUCCUGAUUAACUGGAGAGGUCAACAAGGCCAAGUGGCGGGUCCUGCACUUUGGCCACAACAACCCCAUGCAGUGCUAUAGGCUUGGGGAUGAGUGGCUGGAGGACUGUGAAGAGGAAAGUGUCCUGGGGGUGUUGGCUGAUGAAAGGCUCAACAUGAGCCGGCACCGUGCACUUGCAGCCCCCAAGGCCAAGCGUUUCCUGUGCUGCAUUAAGACAAACGUGAUUAGCAGGUCAGGGGAAGUGAUUCUGUCCCUCUACUCUGCUCUCACAAGGCCCCACCUGCCGCACUGCAUCCACUUCUGAGGCCCCCAUCACAAGAAAGACAGCAGAUCAGGUCCACUGAUGCUGAGCACCGUGCCUCCAAGUGGCUGUGCUGACCGGGCCUUUCUCAAUGCCCCAUUCGGCUCUGGAACAAGGUCAGCAAGGCUGUUGUUCCAGAUGGCCCAAAGCAGCAACCCUCAGGCAUCAAGUGGAAAGCCUUCAGCUUUGCAAAAUCCCCACUGUGGCGGAGAGACUUGGAGAGGGACAACAACAGUGACAGCUCAUCAGGCGGAUGCAGUCCUGCACCGG